AUGGACUCCCUCGAGGCAAACAAUGGCCACUGCCAUGUGAGCAAGGAACAAAAAAGGCCAUCUGCUCCACCAACAGCAUUGACAAGUUCCAUGUCUGCCGGGAACGGGAGCUCAGUCCACCUUGCUAUCUGCACCACCUCAAUCUCAAUCAACUAUACAUACAACAACAAAUCCACCAGCAGUCUCUCUAUCAACGCAGAUUCACUCCUCUCCAUCUCUGAGUUAGAAUUUCCUCCCACCGAGACUGGAGAUACAUCACCACAGCCAGACUUUGGCGCUUCACAACCAUCCACAGACCAUCUCAGCCUUAGUUCUCACGAAGACGCAGCACUCUCAGGUCCCACAAGCAGCAUCCGAGCCACAGCCGACUCACAACCCUCCAAACAAGCAACACCCCUCGCCGCUUUCCCUGCUACGGAAUAUUCCCGCAGACUUAGCGAUCUCAAUGUCAACAAUCUCAAUACAGUGACUUUACACAGCCACGCCCAGACACAUACGCAAUCUCAGCUCCAGCUGUGGGCCUUCGAGACAUCUCGCUGCAAGCAAACACUAGCCAAGCAGUUAGAGCAAGGCAGGUGGGAAGAUAACACCUCCUGUACCUCAAGCGCUGCUGCAUCCUCCAUGACAGUCGGCGCACUGGCAACUUAUGAAAUCGUCAUGGAUGAUGAUUGGUAUGUUUCCGCAGCUUUGUGA